AUGACCUUCAACUCUCAUUCCAGCUCAAGGAUGUCACCAGCAGCGUCGUUCGCUCAACGAUGGGCUCGUGACAACCUGACCAGGGAAGCAUCUCCAGAAGAACUGGUAGUCCUGGGCCUCUUCCCCAUUACCUGUGAGGGAAAUGAGGCUGAAGCUGCCAAGAGGGCCAGGAGAUACUACACAGCUAGAGGACCUGGUGGAUUGACGGAGUUAUGGCACAAGAGACACCCUGAUGAUGAAGAGAUUCUGUCUAGCUGUCAAGAUGUAUACAUAGUUCCACUUCGAUCUCGUAGCCUGGGAGGAAGGCGAGUCACCUUGCUUAGACUACCAGCACACUCAGCUUUGGACAGACCGAUCUCAGCUAAAGCGUUGCUGUCCAGGUGGCUCAUGAUAUUGGACAUCAGACUUCGUGACGAUCCAACUCCUGGCGAGGAGGUGAUCUUCAUCGACGUAGCUGAUCUCCAACCAGCACACAUCAAAAGCCACUUCAGAGGCACAUACUGGAAAGACUUCGUUUGGUGUAUGAAGACUGCGUACCCACUCCGUAUCGCAGAAGUCCACGUCAUCAAUACUCAGCGAUUGAAGACCAUGUCUCUGCUCUUACUUCACAUUGGCCUGUACCCUUGGAGACGUAAAGUGGUGCAACUUCAUGGUACUUCAGACAGCAUUGAGGAUGCCUUAGGUUCAGAUCGGUUGGCUGUUGAAUCUCUACCGUAUGAAUACGGUGGGAGGGCUGGACUAAUGAAAGAUCUGAAUGACGAAUGGACAAAGAAAUUGCUAUCAAAUUCAAAAUGGCUGCAAAAAGAAGAACGCAAAUUCUACGACACAGAUCUCAAACCCGAGGGGCGUGCGCGCACCCGUCAUCGAAGCGCAGUCAGAACUCUACGCGGGAGCAACGGCUCCUAUGACAUGGUCACACGCACACACUCAUGCAGAUCAUUGCACCGCCAUGAUGACCUUGAUGAGGGGACUCAUGGUGCUUAUAGGACAUUGAAAGUGACCAGUGAUAGAGUUGUGUAAUUAAAGAUCCUGAGAUC